UUAGCAAUAUGGCGGACUCCUGGCUCUUCACUUGUGUAUUGGUUAUAAUUUGUUUCAGCCUGCCAACCUUUUCCGAAGGAAAUAAAUGUGAUUUUUAUAAAGGUCGUUACAAAGCCAAGCUAGUUCCAGAUGUUAAAUGGCCAUUAAUGCUACGAAAAGGACAGUCAUCAUUUAAAAUUGAUAUACCAAUGACUUGGCAUUUAGUUCGAGCAACUAGAGGUAAAAAUCUUAGGAUAUCGUUUGUUUGUGUCCAAAUAGGAGAUGGUAAGAACACUAAGAAGGAAAUAAAGAAGGUUUCUAUAAAUAUAUUAUUGUCCGGUAUAUCUGCGCGAGCUAUUAUCAAACUCAAGAAGCCAAUGAUACAAAAUAGGAGAUUGACUAUACAACUUUUUGGAAAGCCGCGUAAGAAGUAAUAGACUGUUAUAGCUCGAAUAACAAUCACUUCAAUGUACGUCAUAAAAAAUCAUAAGUAUAUAUUUCAUAAUAAUAGAACUGAGAAUAAACUAGA